AUUAAAAGCAAAAUCCAAACAAUAGCCACUACUCGUCUUAGCCAAGAUGCAGCUUCUAGCUUUUCUGAUUCUCUGCGUGACAGCACUGUGGGCUUCGCCCCUUAACGAAAAAGUUGAACUACAGAAGGCCGGUGGUCGCAUAAUAAAUGGCACGCCGGCAAGUAGAGGUCAGUUCCCGUGGCAAGCGGCUGUUUACUUCACCACGUCUUCAGGAACGUCGUUCUGUGGUGGUUCCAUUAUCAGCAACAUUUGGAUUCUGACGGCAGCUCACUGUGCUGUUAAUGCCCGUACUUUUACCAUCUAUCUAGGUACCAUCACUCUUAAUCCAGACUCUGGUUCCACCGUCGUUACUACCACGAAUAAGAUCGUCCACCCUAACUACAACCCGUCAACGUUGGCCAAUGAUGUAGCUUUGAUUAGACUGGAUUCAGCAAUCACAUUCUCCACUAACAUCCAAGCAAUCACUCUGGCGUCUAGCAGUUUGGGGUCUGGAGUUUCGGUUACAGUGAGCGGGUGGGGGAAAACAAGCGACGCUUCGUCGGGAGUUACUAACAACCUCAAUUACGUCACUCUGUCGUCCAUUACUAACGCCCAGUGUUCACAGUACUAUGGAAGCUUGAAUUCUGGGGUUGUUUGUGCCACUGGUUCAGGCAAGAGUACUUGCAAUGGUGAUAGUGGUGGUCCUUUAAUCACAGGUUCUGGAAGCAGCGCCAUUCAAGUUGGUAUUGUCAGUUUUGUCAGCACUAGAGGGUGCGAGAGCGGUUAUCCUUCAGGAUAUGCCAGGACUCAUUAUUAUAGGGAAUGGAUUAGGCAGCAAACUGGUGUUUGAUUAUUUAUGAUGUGAAUGAUUUUGUAUACUUAUCUUAAUAUAUUUUUUAUUAGCA